AAAAAUUAUUCAGACGGUUUGUUUUUACUUUUUCAACCAACAAACAUUGUUUUAUUUUAAUAAGUUCAACAGAUUUUCACAUUUAUUAUUUUAAUUUUGCGAAUGAUUGAAAAUGAAUGAUAGGUGUCGCAUUUGUUUGGAAAAAGUACCAAAACUCUACCCCAUUUACGGAGAGAUAUUGAACUGUGACCAAGAAAUCGGUACUAUGAUUAAAUACUGCGCUUCGAUAGAGUUAGACAUUUGCGAUGAUCUGCCUAAUGGUGUUUGCGUGCCAUGUUUCAAGACUUUAAGGAUAGCGUAUAAUUUUAUCGUACAAUUCAAAGAAAACCACGAAAAAUUGCUGCAAGAAAGGGAAGAGACCUCCGUCCAGCCCGAACCAGCGAAAUUAGUCAAAGAAGAAAUGCUAUGUGAUAUCAUUCCCAACGCAGGGGGAUCCCAAAUAAAUUAUCUAAUACAAGAAAACGAAGAUCUCGACGAACUGGUCGAAGACGAGGAAGAACCCGAACAACCCCAAGAGCAAGACCAAGUACAAAUGCAAGAGCAAGAAAUGGAAGAAGAGGAAUACGAAUACCAAGAAGUCAAAGUGGAAAAUUUAGGAGAUUUCUUAAAAAGUCUGGAGGAAAACGGGGAAACGACUAAUUUAGAGAGUUUCCAGCAAAACGUAACCGUGCAAGUAAUCAAAGCCGACCCGCCUCCCGAAGACGAAAGCCCCAAUAAACCUCAAACCGUAUUAAGGAGAAAAAUCAAAAUUCGCUUCUCGUGUCCCGUCUGCCCUUCCACCUAUUUCGCAUCGUUCGAAAACGGCCUCUUACCUCACAUGUCGCUACACAAGGAAUCCUUCCAAUGCAACGUCUGUAUAGACGGCACCUUAUACAACUCGGAUUUAUUCUUAGCACACUUUAUGAAACAUCACCGAUACCAAUGCCCCUACUGCGGGAAGAGCUUCAACAGAACCGGCACCCUCACCUCUCACAUCAAAACCCAUUCCAGCUUUAGGUAUUACUGCAGCGCCGAAGGUUGCACGAAGUCAUUUCCCACGUCGUGGACGCUCAAGAAGCACGAAGGGAUCCAUUCCAACCACGCCGCCUACGUUUGCAACGAAUGCAACUUGGAGUUCAAAACGUACGACACGUACAUGUACCACCAGAAGAAGCACAUGGGCAAGAAGUUCCUGUGCAUGUGCUGCGGAAGAACGUUCAUGCAAUCGGUGCAUUUGAAGUACCACAUGCAGCAGCACACGGGCAUCAAGCAAUUCAAGUGCGACGCGUGCGUUAAGAGCUACACGUCCUCGAGCCAGUUGAAGAAGCACAAGAAGAGGCACCACGAACAGACGGCGAGGAUUUGGGUGGAGAACGUCGAUGUCGAUUUCAGCAAUCAGGAUUUGGAGGAUGUUAUUUAAUGGCGGUUGGGUUCGGGGGAAUGUUGCCGGUGAGAGGAGAAAGUGAUUCGCGA